GUAUUUUUAUAUAAAUAAAAAUUGAGUAUUAAUACACAGUAUAGUGAAAUGCAAUUCAUCCUUGUGAUUGCAUUGCCUCUUAUCAACAACAUAUUAAGUUACUUCAUAUCAGGAUACAGUCAUUUAUGGAAAUGAGUGUAUCCUUAGCUUUGUAUGUCAUUGUAAACUUUUAACCAAUGAGAAGAUUGGGUUUUCCUAGUUGCUGCUGUUGAAAUCUCGUUCCCUAAUUGUGUAGUGAGAUUUAGUUAGAGAACCAAUCAGAAUAGGGCGCUCAUUUCAAAAUGUCCAAUCAGAUAGUUAAUUAAUUACUGUUGGUUCUUUGUUCUAACAAUUGCGCGUCUUCAUAGGCAUUCAAGCUAAUUCAGUUGCAUGAAGCAGAAGCAUUAUAUUUUUGCAGUUGGAAAUUUUUAAAUUACGAAUUAUAUAUGUAAAAUUUCGUUUAUGGAUAGAUCGUUUUUACCAUGGAUAGUGAAAAAUUUGUAAGAACAUUUUUACUUAUCCCAGAAUGGUAUUUGUUAACUCCAGAAGAAGUGGAAACAAUUAAAACGUAUAUCGUGGAAUCGUCAGCAGAUCGUGCUCACGUUUACUGGAGCAUUACUUUAGACUGUGCAGCGUGUUGUAAUGGAUGCUAUUUUUGUGGUUUCACAAAGAAUUUGUGUAGUGGAAGCGUCAAGGCAGAAAGCAGGUCCGAUUAGUCGGGAUUUAAUGUGAACUUUAAAUCUAUAUUUGGAACAAUAGUCAAUACCACGUUUGCUUAAAUUCAUUUAAAGACUUGCAAAAAUGGCGGAAAACGGCGACAGCGACCGCGAAGUGGAGAUCUUUAAUGACAGUGAUCGGGUUAAGUUGUGGGCAGCAACUAUGAAAUUAAACGAUAACACCUCAUCGGAGUUAUUGAGACAUGGAUUUGACACUAUGGAGGCAAUUUCGAUGAUUGAGUCAGAAGAUAUGCCAACUUUCAACAUCCCGUUAGGCCAGCAAAAAGUUUUGCUUAGAGCGUUGCAGAAAACUUUCAAGACCGGUCGAGACGAGAAUGGUGGAAAUAUUAAUGGGGCGUCAAUGCGCAACACAAGUGAAAUCGGAGGCGGAGUCACCACAAGAGAGAUUGGAGGCGGGGUUUACAAUAAAGAUGGCGACAGUAGUACUUCCGUAAACAUCCAAGAUGGCGGCAGAAGCACUUCCGUAAACAUUCAAGAUGGCGGCGUCCAUGCGAACAUUCCUAGAGCGGACGAUACAUAUAUCCAGGAAAUUAUGAAAAUGAUGGCAGUGCAAAAGGACAAUAAUGGUCAUUCAAUCAAUGAUUUUAAUGCUAAAUCCUCUCAUUCUCAAGGCUCACUGGCAUCCAAGGAGAUGACAACACUGGAUAGUAUUGUGGCAAAAUUUAGAAAUCAUACUUAUGCUGAGUCUACCAAAAAGACGUAUCAGAACUAUUUAAAAUCCUAUAUGGAAUUCUGUAGAAGAAUUAACAUUGCCCUUGUUCCUUUGAGUCCUUUGAACUUAGCAAGAUAUGUAGCCUAUUUGUCUGCGAGACUACAGUUUAACUCCAUAAAUAAUUACUUGUCAAUUAUCCGUUUGUUACAUUUAGAAGCAGGGAUUACGUCUCCAUUGGAGUCAUUUUUUAUGGAUUCGGUACUAAAAGGUGCUAAGCGUGUAUUAGGAUGCACAGUUCAUAGCAAAUUGCCUUUAACGCCGAAGAUUUUAAAUGAAAUAUUCACUUUGUUGUCAUUAAGCAGUAGUAAGGACUUAUGCUUUUGGGCAGCCUGCUUAGUUGCCUUCUUUUCCUUUUUAAGAAAGUCAAAUUUAUUUGCUCCGUCUCUUUCAGCUUUUGAUCCUGUGCGACAGUUAUCUCGAGAAGAUAUCACUUUUCAUGCAGAGGGUGUCCGAUUAAGAGUAGUGAAAACCAAAACCAUUCAAUUUUCAGAGCGUGUGUUAGAAAUCCCACUUCCAAGAGUGAACAACUCUCAUUUAUGUCCCUCUAAGGCUCUCCUUCUUAAUUUCAAGCAGGUACCAGCCAUAAGCUCCCCAUCACCGGUCUUCUUGUACUUAGUGCAGGGCAAGGUAACGCCUCUUACCUAUGCCACCUUUGUAAAAAUGCUAAAACAUAACUUAUCAUUGUUAAAUUAUGACAGCACCAAAUAUUCGGGACAUAGUUUUCGUAGAGGGGGAGCUUCCUUCGCCUUAGAAUGUGGGAUACCAGCUGAUCAUAUUCAGUCCCAGGGUGAUUGGAAAUCAGAUGCAUAUAAGUUAUACUUGGAUCCUUCCUUUGCUCAUCGACAGAAAGUCAUGAAUAAAUUUGCUGCGGCCCUUGGGAAAUAAAUAACUAUACUUACCUACCCCUACUGGUUCCACUUUACAUGUUUGGGAAGUUUGGAAUACCACAGAUUGUUCAUUAAUUAAUUUGUGUAUUGUUUGAAAACUGUAAUGUUGUUUGUGGUUUUAUUAAUAUGAAAACUAUAAGCAUUAAACUGUGGUUCUUUUCCCAAA